AUGCAGGGAAUAUACUGUCUGGAAAUCCUCACCUACGACACUGAACGCUCUCUCACUUUUGCUUGCAACAUUCCAAUCUCCCUUGAACGCCCCGAAACAGCUUCUUCCCCAUACCUCUUUCCGAAGCUGGACCUGAUCGACGCCCUGCGCUCCGGCUUUCUCGAACUCGUCGAACAAAAUACGCAGCAAGUCGUCCAACUCCCACCAACUGCAUACUCGCCUUCCGUGGGGCAUGUUGACAUACCGCCACAUCCACGCCCUGGCCACACGCAGGCCAUCAUCUUUAUUGUCUUCGACACCAGUGCGAAAAUCUGGAAGGGCAUUUUGCAUCCUUACAAGAAGUACAACUUGCGCUUAUCAGCUUCUGAUGGUGACGCAUGGUGCUACUACGCCUCUCUCUCUAACGAGGCUUCCUCUUCAGACUUCUCCACAGACCGCUCACAAGACAGUGGUCUUCCAGUCCGCCGCGACCCCGGCAUUAUCCACUUCACCGUCUACGACGACCCCAUCCCGCCCACCUGCUCCGCCGUUUUCAGUCUCGCAUCUCCCGUCUGUCAUCGUUCCGGCACCCCGCAGUUCAAAUUCAUCACCGAAAUCACGCUCGAUGCCUCGGACGCCGCAAAGGGUCCUGUUACCGUGGGUCUCUACGACGAGCCCUUCAAUACCGACAAGAUGGGCUGCGCCAGUGAAUACAUUCGUUUCGUAGAUACGGAGACUGGCGAAGAGGUCUACUUCCCUCACGUACGCCCGUGCUGGGGCGAACUCAUUCCAACCCCACCUGACUUCCCCGCGGAUGACUUCUUUGUCGAACUGUGGCCGGACGGCAAGCCCUGGCGGCAUGAGUACACGCUUGAGCUUGAAGAGCAAUACCGUGACAACCACGGCGGCCUCGAAUUGUUAGAGCUGGGAAAGAAGUACAGAGCUGAGCUUUCGAGCAAGCUGAAGUCCGGUUUCGCGAUGUGGAUGCACGGCAGGAAGGAGGACGUGUUGAAGGGGACCGCCGAAGAGAAGCGGGAGAGGUGGGCUCCUGGACCGAGGGGAAGGCCAGCCAUCAGCAUCCGGCAGCUGAAUGAGCCUGUGGAGUUUGAUGUUGUUGAUUAA